GGCCGGGCUCACACACUUCCCCGUGCCAAUUUAAAGAAGGGGGGGAAACAGGGAAAGCAUGUACGCUGGAUGCUGUUAGGGAAGGACGCACACAUCUGAACAUCUGUGAGACUGCCGGAACAUCCUUGGCUUGACGACAGGACACCGCUCCCUGACAGCAGUUUAAGGAUUGUGUCCUCAGAGUUGUUGCGUUCGCUGUCCUCCAGAAAUCUGGAAAUGGAGGCAAAGGCUUCUGGGAAACCAGCAGCGACUGACGGUCCAUCAGGCCCCCUGACAGCCCAGGAUCUGUCUGCUAUUGAGGAUGAAGAGGUUCUCAAUAAGAUGCUGGACGAGGCGCGUGAUUUUGAGGAGCGGCGGAUGAUCCGAGCUGCUCUCAGGGAUCUGCUCAAGAAGAAGAGAGAGAAGCGGGAGCGGGAGCGCGGGUCCCGGCAGCAGGACUUGCAACAGCAGGGUCUGAGUAAAGGGGGGGCAACAAGCAUGCCGCUGACCCCGGCCAGGGGGCUGAUGAACCAGCAGCCGUCACAGCACAAGCCAACCAGCCAGCUCUCGCCAUCACCCCCCGGUGCCUUUAACAAGACGACGCACAGCAAGGUGAAUGCCGCUGUUGCCCCAGCUGUGAAAUGCCCCGCCAGUGCAGCGCCCACGACUAAGAAUGUCAAACAGAUGCUGCUGGAUUGGUGCCGGGCCAAAACAGAGCCAUAUGAGGGCGUGGACAUCCGUAACUUCUCCUCCAGCUGGGCUGAUGGCAUAGCCUUCUGCGCCUUGGUGCAUCGCUUCUUCCCUGAUGCCUUCGAGUACUCCAUCCUUAAUCCCAACAAGCGUAGGGACAACUUUCAGCUGGCUUUCACCACUGCGGAGAAGCUGGCAGACUGCCCUCCUCUGCUUGAUGUUGACGACUUACUCCGGAUGGACGAGCCCGACUGGAAGUGUGUGUACACAUACAUCCAGGAGUUCUACCGCUGCCUGGUGGAGAAAGGCCUGGUCAAAACCAAAAAGCGAGCUUGAGCUAUAUCAGAAACACCGUCAUGACCGCACACUCAAGAAACCGUGCACGCACCGUCACCAGCUGAAGUUAACCGUGUGCAUGUUGUGCGACAGAAUUACAACCAAAGAAAUUCCGUAAAAGAUUGUUUUUUCCACUUUGAUGUGUCUUGAUUGUAAAUUGCCUUAAUGUUGAAGCAGAAUACCUUAUGUGCGGUAUUUGUAAUAUGUGUGUAACAGCGGAUGCUUAUCUUUCUUGUUUGGAGACCACAGUUGACAGCUGGCACUUGGGGUCAGUACAUUCCACUAAGAUUACACAUCUGCAUUAAUCUCAGUCAAAGCCUCCGGUAAUCUGAGAAUGGCUUUUUAUGGUGUUGUGGUUUUAGCCUGUCCUCACUGAAAACCAGCGUACACAAAUUAAACACGUUAAAUAAAUGUUAUGUAAC